CAUUUUGCGGCGACAGUUAGUGUUGGCGGAUGAAAAUUUUACGUUCGUUGUAACAAUAACAACAACAAAAUACAAAAAUAAAACAAUAAACCUAAACCAGAAGCAAUAACAACAAAUAAAAUAUACAAAAAAAAACAAAAACGUUGAUCUAUUGUUGACACUGUCGGAAGUUCUUUUUACCGUGAUCCCGGUUGAUUCUUCGGUUUUGACAACAGUUGUCUUAUGAAAACGUAUCGGGGGUAAAAUUGCAAGUCUCAUCUUAUAAAGGGCUCUAUAAAGAACCGCGCGAGCUAUUCGUAUUGAGUGUGUGUGCGUGUGUAUUUGUGUUUAAAGUGUAGACCUGCAGUGUAGGUGUGCAAGAAGUGUGUUUUUUUUUUCUUUGUGCUUGCAACUGAAAAGGUGAAAAUCAACGUCAACUACAACAACACAGCAUUUUAGUGAAAAGGUUCAACUUGCAUAUGUACAAGCAAAUACAUACAUAAAUAACUAAACCGAAAAAGGAAUAAAAAACAUUUUACGUUUAACUCACAAACGCUUCAAAUCAUCAUUAAUUAAACAUAAACAUAAACAUCUAAAAUAUUACUAAACAUCAAAAAAAAUUAAUAAAUAAAAUAAAAAAUUAUUCAUACUUGGUGUAACUGUAAAAUCUACGUGUACAAAAUGCGCGCUUGGGUUGACGACUAUGCAUAAACCUCGGCUAAAUCGUAGAACUUUCUAUGCCGAACGCGAUCGUGAUGAUCCAACGAUGCAUAAUCGUUAUCAACAACAACAGCAAAAGCAUCAGCACAACGCUUUGCUAAAUCCAAAGCAUAAUUAUACAACGUUGAUGUCGUCGUCGUCGUCGUCGUCGUCACCACCGUCGUCAAUGUCGUUGUCGCUGACGUCGUCGUCGUCGUCGUCGUCAUCGCCCUCAUCAACGAACAUUUUUCAUACAAAUUCAAGUAUUGGUUCAAUUAAUUUAGAGGAUUAUAUAACAGCAAUGGAGGCACGUUCCAAGGCAUUAGAUCGUCAACAUUCCGAAGUGGAUGUGUGGGCACAAUUACAACAAAAAGAAUCGGAUAUACUAUUAGCUGCCGAAUUGGGUAAAGCGUUGUUGGAGAAGAAUGAAGAAUUGGUGAAACAACAUGAAAAACUCAUCGAGGAUUAUUCCGCGAAAAUAGAGGUGAGUGAAAGAAAGAAAGAGAGAGAGAGAAAGAGGGAGCGAAGCUAUUAAUUUUAAUGCAGAUUU